AUGCCACCAGAGAAAGCCGAAGUCUUCAAAUCACUGGAGUCAUGGGCUUCCCACUGGGUCCUCCCACUGCUCAAGCCCGUCGACAAUUGCUGGCAGCCUAAUGAGUUCCUGCCCGACCCAUCACAGUCGUCCGAUGAUUUCACCGACGAAGUGCGGGCCCUACGUGAUCGUACGGCGGCCCUGCCCGACGAGUACUUUGUGGUGCUUGUGGGUGACUUGAUCACUGAGGACGCAUUACCCACCUACCAGACCAUGAUCAACACCCUUGAUGGGGUCCGUGAUGAGACCGGGGCGAGUCCAAGCCCGUGGGCUGUUUGGACCCGGGCUUGGACUGCUGAAGAGAACCGGCAUGGUGAUCUUUUGAGGACGUAUUUGUAUUUGUCGGGUCGGGUUGAUAUGUUGAUGGUUGAGCGGACUGUGCAGUACUUGAUUGGAGCUGGCAUGAAUCCAGGGACCGAAAACAAUCCCUACUUGGGCUUUGUGUACACGUCCUUCCAAGAGCGAGCCACCUUCAUAUCCCACGGCAACACGGCUCGGCUAGCCAAGGAGAGUGAUGAUCCAGUGCUCGCUCGUAUAUGCGGUACAAUUGCUUCAGAUGAGAAACGCCAUGAGAAUGCCUAUUCUCGGAUCGUUGAAAAACUCCUUGAAGUGGACUCCACUUGUGCCAUGUUGGCAAUAGCGGACAUGAUGAGGAAGAAGAUUACAAUGCCGGCCCACCUAAUGUACGACGGGAGGGACCCACUUCUGUUUGAGCACUUCUCAGCUGUGGCCCAGCGGCUAGGAGUGUACACGGCCGAGGACUAUGCUGAUAUUUUGGAGUUCUUAAUCGGACGGUGGAGAUUGGAGAAACUCGAGGGAUUGACGGGUGAGGGGAAGUGUGCGCAGGACUUUGUGUGUAGGUUACCGCCUAGGAUUAGGAAGCUACAGGAGCGAGCCGAUGAGAGAGCACGGAUGUUGGAGCCUCGUUCAGCUAAGUUCAGCUGGAUUUUCAAUAAGGAAUUGACUUUGUAG